ACGAGUAGUAAGCAAUAAGAAAGAGAAAAUUGUGGUAAUUGGUUUUCACUUUUCACUUUCUUCCUCCCUCCCGCUUUCUUCCUCCCUCCCUCAUUUUAAGUUCUCCCUGAUAAAAAGUCAGGAAAUCAGUACCCGCCAUAUAUUUAUUUUCCGGCUUCCUCUCUCAUUUCCGGCUGGCAAAAGGCGACAUUCAUUAGCUGUACUGUAAAACGUAAGGAAUAUUUUUUGCAUUUGGAGAUGACGAAGAGGAACCGUCGAAGAAAGCAGCAGGAAAAAUGGUUAAAGAAGGUUCAUCAGGAAUUCCAAAAUCUUCUGAAAAUCCGGAGGUAGAUAUCAAGAAAGAUGAAGCCUGCACUUCUGUAGUUCAAGGAUCGCAAACUGGCAGAAAGCUCAAGACGCCAGACGGUGAGACGACAGACUCCCAUCUUCUUCAAUCUUCACGCCGUCAUCUUGCUUCUUCUUCACCAUUCACGUUGAGACGUCGACAAGAAUCCAGACCACUGCCAUUCUUCUUCUUCACCGUCUUUAACUGGGUUUCUAAUACUUCAGAGUAUGAAAUCGAGAUCCUUGAUGAUAAUUGUAGUAUUUAUCAUGGGAUCAAGAUUAUCAGCUCUGAAAUACGGAUUGGACAAUCGUUCAUCAGAUGCUCUGAAAUCCAGUUAAAGAGUUUUGCUACACUAUUGUCUUUAGUGUUAGACGAAUCGUCAAUUUUGUACGUAAGUGAUAUAGUUGAUUUAGUUGUUGACGAUGGGGUGUCUUCAACCUUCUUUGUUGUUGAAGAAGUGAAGAGUGGAUGCAUAUUUUGACUCUGAAUUUUCAAAAAACAUAGAUAUACUUAGUUGUUUGAGUGAUAACAAAGAUAAAAUUAAUGUAUGGUGGAAUUGUAUGGAGCUCAAGUUCAGAAAAAUCUAUCGGUAUGUGUCUAAGUUUCUCAUUUCUAAUGUUCGUAAAUUAAGUUAUAUUUCCUCCCUCUUUCAUUUAUUCUGCACAUUUCUUUAAAUGGAAAAUUUUCUCUAUUCUACAUAUUUCCUUUUAAAGAAUGAACCCCAUUUGCAAAAUGUACCUCGCUGCAAGUCACAUUCUCUAUUAUGUUUUAAUAUUAAAUUUUGUUUGUAUAGUGAUGUGAUAGAUGGAUUAUUGUAUCUGAUGUACUCAAAACAUCAACAAUGUGGGCAUUUAUUUGACUUUGAGCAUACUGCAUUGUACAUUACUGGGAACGAGAAGGUUCAACUUCUCCCUCCAAUGGAACUUGGAGAUACAAAACUUGGUGAUUUAACAAACUUGGUGAAACACAUUAGAGCUAUUCUUGCUCUUCCUUGUGCUGGACGAGGUGUUACCUUGAAUUGUCUUCCUAAAAACCUAUCACAUCUACUCACAAUUAUUCACCCUAAUAAAUUGUAUAUAUAUUUUUCCUAAACUCAUUUAAGUUUCUAUAUAAAUCAAUUGCUUAUUAUUUUCUUGACUUCUCCACAGGAACUACGUUCCCUAUUGGUUCUUGGUUAAUCAUUUUCUGUUUUGGACACCAUUGGAAAUGAUUCGUUUUGUUACCAAUUUGUGGGUAUUCACGAAGAAAAACGGUUUAUAGGGGUACUUUUGGACUUUAGAUGAAUUAAUGAUAAGAGAUAAUAUUAGUUAUAAUUGGGGCGUUGAUAUUUCGGAAAAAGUGUUGUUUCAAAUUUGGAGCGACGUAGAUCCUAAUCGUCAUCAAGUGUCAACCGAAACAAGCGAUGACCCUGAGUUGACGCAUAAAGGUUAGUUAAAAGUGGCUCCAUACAGCAAGCCAUUCGAUAUAUUGAGAUAUAUGAAUAGUGCGUAUUCUCAUUAUAACGAUCAUAAAUUUGAUAUUUAUCGAGCAAAGGUAUGGAUGUUAACUAAUUUUCUUUUGUCAUACAAAUUUCUUAAUAUUCAAUUUUGUGCG